CGAUGUUAUUUUUGUCAUUUUUUUAAAUUAUUUUAUCCAAUAUUAAUUGAUGCACACAAAUUCACAAGUCACGACUAUUUGGCUUGUACAUAUGCAUGUUUGCAGUUUGCUCUUGUUAUUUUACAUUGGAAUUUAAUCAUGGAGAUGUCUAUUAAUUAUUUCUUGCAUAAACAUCCUUUAUUUCUCACCCAACAUUAUGAUAGGGAGACUAUAUACUGUUACGUGUGUAAAAAAAUUGUAAGUAACUCGGAGUUAGCAUAUGCAUGCAAGCAACAUCAGUGUAUAAAUCUUCCUAGUUAUAGUCGAGUUAUCCUUCAUAAACGAUGUGCAGAGUUACCUGUAACACUUUCACAUCCCUCCCACCCUAUGCAUCCUCUUAAGCUCACUAAUUAUCGCGGUAUGCGAAACGAAAGUUGUAAUCUUUGUAAUUUCCGAAUGAGUAGCAAUGUAGGGUACAGGUGUGAUAGUUGUUAUUUCAACAUUAAUGUAGAAUGCAUAAAUCCAGGGUUGUUUAAGGAGAGAGUAGAGCUGCAACACCCGAGUCACAGCCAUCCGUUGACACUGAUGAGGAAGCAACCUUUCCAAUUUAUGUGUGAUGGUUGUGGCACUGAUCAAGAUGUGGACCACGCGUAUGUGUGCAACACGUGCGAAUACUGGGUGCACGCGACUUGUGCUUCUUUGCCGAUCACUCUCCCACAAGAUCGCCACCAACACCACCACCACCGGCUUUCUCUAGCCUUUUGUUUCCCAAUGAAACAUCGCGAAUACCAAUACAAGUGUGAUGUUUGUGAUAAAGAUUUUAACAUCGCAUGUUGGCUCUAUUUCUGUAAUGAUUGCAGAUACUUUGUCCAUCUCAAAUGUGUUGGAUCCACCACAAAACAAGACAUUUUGAGUAUAUAUCACAGUGAUGUGAUCCAAUUCCCAUUAGCAAAUGAUAGUUUCAGCAGAAUGUUAAUCACACCUUUUGUGAUGAGGGAGAAAGGCAUUGCUAUCCUUAAUGUGAAUGACAUGCCAACAACCAUAAAGAUGGCAGAAACAACAGCAAGUUAUUCAUAUUUAUUCAAUUAUCACAAACAUCCUUUGAGUUUGGUUUCAGAUGAUGAUGAUGAGGGCAAGGGCAAAGCAUUAGAGGAAGACGAGGAUGAAGAUGAAGAGGUAAAGAUAUGCGAUGUGUGCGUAACACCUAUAUCUUCUCCUCCAUAUUACCAAUGCAGUGAUUGCGAAUAUUUUAUCCACUCGAUUUGCUACUUGUUGCCCAAGAAAAUAUCAUCAUCCACCUGUCAAUAUGGUGAGUGCCCAAAAACAGAUGGUAAAAAUCAUAAAUUCGCAAUGUAUACAAGCUCUAAAGAAAUGGAUGAGACUUGCUCCUAUAUUUGCUGCGACCUUUGUAGACAUCCUACAAAUGGUAUGGUGUAUAUUUGUGAAGAGUGUGGCAUGAUUAUGGAUGUCAAGUGUGCAUCUCUACCAAGUGCUAUCACAUAUGCAACUCAUCCUCAACAUAAACUCCUCAUGGGCAGAAUAGGAUAUACACAAAGCCGCAGUUCAACAAGUGUUAUCAUUGUUCAAAGUAUACCACCAUCACAGACUAUAUUGGAUAUAGAUGCAGCGAAGAUGGUUGCGAGUUUGCAUUGCACUUGAAAUGCACUCAGCUACCGCUGAGUGUAAGAAAGCCCAAGUGGGAUCACCACCCGUUGCUGUUGACGUUUAAUGCCGCUACAGACCAUCCCUCUGAUUUCUAUUGCGAGUUUUGCGAAGGGAGAUUGUAUCCCAAGAAACCCAUGUAUCACUGCCGCCAAUGCGAUCAG